AUGCCCACGCAAAAUAGCACAAGCAAACCCUUCUCCUACAUUCGGCUCCUAUUCUCUCUAGAAUACACAUCCACAGACGUGCUCCUCAUCGCCGCCGGCCUCUUCUUCUCCAUCGCUGCUGGAGUCCCCUUCCCGUUGCUCGGCAUCGUUUUCGGCGAUCUGAUUAACGACCUCAACACAACCAGCUGCUCUUCAACACCCAGCCAGACAACAGAUGUAUCGGGUGCAGUACGUCAAAAGGUAUUAUACGUGAUCUACAUCACAAUUGCCAAUUUCUGCUGCCUAUACAUUCACUGCAGCUGCUGGAGCUACAUCAGCGAACGCAUCGCACGCCGCUACCGCCGCCGAUAUUUCGAGAGUAUUAUCAGACAAGAAACAGGGUACAUCGAGAGUCUUCCAACGGGCGAUGUGAUCUCUCGCCUGGUGAGUGAUAUCGAAGUCAUACAGUCCGGUACCUCGGAGAAAGUGGGGAUUGUCAUUUCCACAGUCUCAUAUUUCGUCACCUCAUAUAUUGUGGCAUUCAUCAAGGUCCCUCAGAUUGCGGGAAUGCUGGUAUCUGUUGUACCAUGCUAUUUUCUCAUGUCAUAUGGUGGAGGCUAUUUUAUCAAGAAAUACGCAGGAAGAAUAACAGAGCAUGUUAAUGCAGCUACUUCCAUCGCAUCGUCAAGUUUAUCUCACCUGGCUCUCGUGCACGCCUUCAAUUCACACGAGCGUCUCGAGAAAUUAUUUGCGGCGCACCUUUCUGGGUAUCGUCGUGAUGCUUUGAAGAAAGCCUUAGCCCACGCUGUGCAGCUUGGGCUGCUAUACUUUAUUGCUUACAGCUCUAACGCGUUGGCCUUCUGGGAGGGAUCCCGUCUCAUUGCCGAUUCGGUAGAAUCGAAUGGCUCAGGAGUUAGCGUCGGCGCAGUCUACACUGUCAUUUUUGUGUUGAUUGAUGCAUCCUUUAUCCUCAGUCAAGUUGCCCCAUACGUGCACGUCUUUGCAUCUGCAGCAGGCGCAUCUGAGCGACUGAUGGUGGUCAUCAAUCGGGAGUCCCAGAUCGAUGGGACCUCAGAGUCGGGAGAUAAAUCUGCUCCACUCGAUUUUGGAGAUAUCACUUUCAACGAUGUGCAUUUUACUUACCCGUCUCGACCUGAUGUGCCAGUUCUACAGGGUGUGACAUUCUCGAUUGCACCUCGAAAGCAUACAGCUAUUGUGGGGCCAUCUGGAGGUGGAAAGUCUACUGUUGUCGCCCUUCUGGAAAGAUUCUAUGAUCCGAUGUCGGGGAAUAUAUGUAUAGGAAACCAAGACGUUCGGGACGUGAAUGUGCGGUACUUGCGGGGAAAUAUUGGAUUCGUGCAGCAAGAGCCGUCUUUGUUGAAUCGGUCGAUUUUGGAGAAUAUUGCGUACGGACUGGUAACAUCGGCCAGUGAAAAGCACCAGAACCUAACGAAAUUUGUUCAAGACUCCUCUUUGUCCGAUUUGACAGAGAAAAUGCGCAGCGGAAUGACCGAAAAAGCCGCUCUGGCGGAAUUUGAUCCUAGGGUUGCUGAAAUUGUGGCUCUGGUCCGAGAUGCCGCGGCCAGUUCGAAUGCUUUGUACUUCAUCGAUGCUCUGCCAUUUGGUUCUGCGACAGGCGUCGGAUCAUCUGGUGGCCAGCUCAGUGGUGGACAGAAGCAGCGAAUUGCACUUGCGCGGGCAUUGGUCCGUGACCCGUCAAUCUUGAUUCUCGAUGAAGCAACGGCGGCUCUGGACUCGACCAGUGAACGACUGAUUCAGGAUGCGUUAGCUAAAGUAGCCGAACGCGUGACAAUAGUAUCUAUCGCGCACCGUCUGGCCACUGCUAAGGAUGCCCAGAAGAUUGUGUUUAUCCAGAAAGGUCGAGUCGUGGAAGAAGGUACUCAUACGGAGCUGGUUGCGACAGGGGGCUCGUAUGCUGAGAUGGUGCGGCUCCAGAACCUUGGGAAGCUGAGUCCUGCGAGGUCCCCCAAUCAAGACCCUAUUCGUGAAGUUCUCGAGACGAGCGAAACAUUUAUCGACACGAAAGAAGCAUUUCUUGACGUGAGCGGUGCUGAUAUUACAGACGAGACGUUGCCUGCAUAUACCGCGACUGCCAUAAAAGAAACCAAAAAGCAGCAGAGGAAACGAAGGAAAGAAGAAAAGAAGCACAAACCACCAGGGUGGUUCACUGCCAAAUUCACUUUCUCUAUCAUUCGCCCUAAUCUGCUCUACGUUUUGCUUGGUCUUGCGUUCGCUGUGGUGAUUGGCGGCAGCUAUACCGCAGAAGCAGUUAUCUUUGGCCACACUGUCAGCGCUUUGAGUCCCUGCAUCGGAGCUGAAAGCAUUCGCCAUAGCGGUCAUCUCUACGGGCUUCUUUUCUUCAUCAUAGCAAUCAUCGAAUUCUCGGCCAACGUGAUUGCAGGCUGUGCAUUCGGCUGGGCUGCGGACAAGAUUCUAUACCGUAUGCGAGUCCUUUCUUUGCGAUCUCUGUUUGGUCAGACCAUUCAAUGGCAUGGCACAGAGGAUCGAACACCAGGAACACUCAUUACUUAUAUUACUAGUGAUGCAGCGGCGCUAGGCAGUAUUACCGGCACUACUAUAGGGUUACUCCUAGCCACAGCUGUGAACCUGAUUGCUGGCUUAGUGGUAUCAUUUAUCAUUGCUUGGAAGAUCACCAUCGUGCUACUUCCAACAAUUCCUGUCCUUCUGAUAGCAGGCAUGAUGAAGCUCCGAACGCAGGCCAAUUUUGCAGAACGACACCAAAAGGCUUUCGCACAAGCCACUGCUGUCACAAUAGAAGCUGUCGAGAAUAUUCGAGCCAUUUCGGCAUUCAGCCUGGAGAAGCAGUCCUACGCUGUUUAUGAACGCGCACUGAAAGCUCCAUAUCAAGAAACCUUGCGGUCUAUCGCAUUUGGCAAUGUAUUCCUUGCGCUUUCUUUCAGCAUCAGUGCACUCGUCUAUGCAUUGGCAUACUGGUGGGGUACUAAGCAGAUAUUAGCUGGUCUGUACUCGCAGACGCAGUUCUUCAUCGUGAUGCCUGCGAUUCUUUUCAGUACACAAUCCUGCGGACAGAUGUUCGCUCUCGCACCAGAUAUCUCAAAAGCCGGCUUGGCUGCCUCGAACAUCACAGAGCUACUUACUACCCACUCAUCCGACGAAGAAUUGAAUCCUGAUGUCUCAGGAAAGAUCGCCAAUUCCGACUUACAUUUGCUCGAAGAAAAGCUCACGGAUCCUGAAGCAUUUCACCGCGAACAGCAAAAUGCGGACAUAGCUGGUCCGCCCCCAGCCUUGAAUGGUAUCGGGGCAGAACUGCAGAACGUGCAUUUCGAAUACCCCUCAAGACCAGGAGAGCCUGUGCUCCGCGGUCUUAAUCUGAAGAUCAAACCUGGUCAAUUUUGUGCUCUGGUCGGGCCAAGCGGCUCUGGCAAAUCCACCACUUUCGCCAUGCUGGAACGAUUCUACCGACCCGAAUCUGGCGCUGUGAUAAUCGACGGAGUCAACAUCACCCGACAACUAGGCACACAAUUCCGCGACGAAAUAGCCAUCGUUCCACAAGAGAAUGUACUCUUCGAAGGCACAGUCGCAUUCAACAUCGGUCUCGGCGCUAGACCAAAUCAUGAGCCAACACAAGCAGAGAUCGAGGAAGCAUGCCUCAUGGCCAAUGUUCACGAAGUGAUAAUGGCACUACCAGAAGGAUAUCAGACACCAUGUAACCGAGAUGGAAGGCAAUUCUCCGGCGGACAACGACAGCGGUUAUCGAUUGCGCGCGCGUUGGUGCGUCGGCCGCGUUUGUUGCUGUUGGAUGAGUCGACUAGUGCGCUGGACGUGGAGUCUGAGAAGCGCAUUCAGGAUGCACUUGCGACUCUUGCUGGUCGGACGACAAUAGUGGCCAUUGCACAUCGACUGAACACUAUUCAUCGGGCUGAUUGCAUUUAUCUUAUCGAGGAGGGGCGUUGUACGGAGCAAGGGACCCACGAGGAAUUGAUUGAGCGGAGUGAGAUUUAUCGAACUAGUGUUAUUCAUCAGUCUUUGGAGACAUAG